ACUUGGAGGGCCCACAGAUCACCAAGUGGGAGGAUCUCAUUCCACUCCCCUGUGCACAGUCUUAGUAUUCAUCAGACCUUGAGGUGCUCCUAUUCAGACAAGGCUAAGAAGGCGUGUGAUGUUCUGUCUUACUACUUGUACAGACAGGAGUGCGCUUAAACUACAUAGCUGGAGUACUCAUUGAGGGAAUGAGGGACUGCCUGGGACAUGAUAUCUCCUUAGCAAUGGACAAAUGAGUGCAUUCCAGGGAAUGAGAUUCAGCUGUUUGCGGGGACCGAACCAAAGCACAAAAUGAAUGAGGCAAUACGAUGUACAUUGGUAAACUGCAUCUGUUUGGGAUUCAAACCUGGCAAAAUAAAUCCCCGUCAGUGCGAGCAGUGCAGACAUGGAUGGGUGGCACAUGCAUUGAGUAAGCUACGGAUCCCACACUUUUACCCCACCAGUCAAGUUGAAAUUGUUCAGUCCAGCGUAGUCUUUGAUAUCAGCAGCCUUAUGCUCUAUGGAACCCAAGCCAUUCCUAUUCGACUGAAAAUUCUGCUUGAUCGACUUUUCAGUGUCUUAAAGCAAGAAGAGGUCAUACAGAUCCUUCAUUCACUUGACUGGACACUCCAGGACUAUAUCCGGGGUUAUGUGCUUCAGGAUGCAUCUGGAAAAGUCUUGGAUCACUGGUCAAUAAUGACUGUUGAAGAAGAAUUGGCCACAUUGCAGCAGUUUCUUCGAUUUGGAGAAACAAAAUCUAUUGUAGAACUUAUGGCAAUCCAUGAGAAAGAGGGGUACUCUGUGCUUAUUCCUAGCACUCGGACAAAUUCUGACAUCAGAACAUUUAUCGAAAACAGCAACCCUAGGAGCAGUCCUAUUAUAGUACCUAACCCACUGGAGAAAGUGUCUUCACCUUCCAUGCAUCCAUUUGAAAACAUGAUCAAUAACAUGGCCUUCACAUUACCAUUUCAGUUUUUCAGCCCUGUGCCUCCCCCUCUUAUAGGCUCACCACCUGAAAGGCCACUUACUGAAAGAAGCCAGGAUAGAGAGAAUGAAAGCAAACAAGAUGCCCAUAUAUCAUUCUCUGAAAGCAGCUUCUUAACUUCUAGUUCUGCAUCAUUUAAUUUAGAAAAUGAGUCCAGCAUAAGUGCUCAGGAUGUCGUCACCAAAGCAGAAGAUGAUAGCCCAUUAAGCGAUACCAGCUCACACAACACCUUGACAAACUAUGAGAUGACUUCAGUCUCUCCUGAAAAUAAACUGAAGCCUGUUGAACGAAAUGGCAUUGGACCCAGAAAGGGCCGUGUAUUUUGCACUGCUUGUGAAAAGACCUUUUAUGACAAAGGAACAUUAAAGAUACAUUACAAUGCGGUGCACCUGAAGAUAAAACAUAGGUGUACCAUAGAGGGUUGUAAUAUGGUAUUUAGUUCACUACGUAGCCGAAAUCGUCAUAGUUCUAAUCCCAACCCACGACUUCAUAUGCCAAUGAAUAGAAAUAAUAGAGAUAAAGAUCUUAGGAAUGGACUUAUUAUCUCUGUAUCUGAGGAUCACAAAAGGAUGGGACUCAAAAGUCCUUGCUUAGAUAACAGAUCUUCUAAUAACUAUAUAACUCACAGCACUGACUCAAAGAUGCCAACAGUUCUGCCUAAUGUUGGACAGUCUUGUGUUCUCAUUCCUAACUUGAAAACUGUUCAACCAGUUUUACCUUUCUACCGAUGUCCUGUUACUCCAGCUGAAAUUGCCAAUACUCCUGGCAUGCUUCCUUCUCUACCAGCCAUCUCUCCUUCUAUUAGUGAUAAGAUGGCUUCCGCAGAUGCGCUAUUGGAUAACAUGCCAAAAAAGAAAUCUCGAAAAUCCAGCAUGCCCAUCAAAAUCCAUAAAGAAUCUGUGGAUGCCCCAACAGAAAGCACAGAAAACAUGAGUUCUGAAGAGGACCUCUCUCCAAACAAAGAUGAUUCCUUUGUAUUUGAUAACUCUGAUAGGAAUGUACAAACUCCUGAUGAAAGUCCAGGUGGACCUGAGAGGGAUACUGUGCAUUCUUCAAUUACUUUCCACCCCCAAAAUGGAGAAGGACCAAAUUCUCACUCUGCUAUGGAUAAAAGUUAUGACAAUACAUCUUCAGACUCUGAGAAUGAAUUUCAUCCCUUCACUCAAGAGCCGGCAUUGAGAGUGGAUUCCAGUGAAAAUAAAUAUGAACGCCCAACCCACUUUAAUGUUGUGAGGCAGCUGGCUGACCCUUCUCUGUAUAACAGAGAGCAGCCAAAACUCGCUGAUUGUGAGGACAGUAUUGAAUUUCGGCAUUUCCCUUUCAAUGGGGGCACUUUUGGUGCAAUAUCUAACAAGGGCCCUGGUUUAAGUGACUCUGUAAACCUAGAACGUGGAGAUCAGCACUUAGAUUUACCCAAGGAUGAAAAUCGUUUCCACUGUGAGAUUUGUAAGAAGGCCUUCAAAAACGCAUACAGUGUUAAAAUGCAUUACAAAAAUGUGCACCCAAAAGAAAUGCAUUUAUGUACAAUUGAUGGCUGCAAUGCUGCUUUCCCUUCCCGGAGGAGCAGAGACAGGCACAGUUCUAAUCUGAACCUUCAUCAUAAGCUUCUAACCAGAGAGGCUUUGGAACUACAAAACAACCCAUACAACAUCCCUUAUCUUUUGAAAGACAUGGUUAAGGAUCACUACCAGGAAUCCCCACUAAAAAACCUAGGACAGACAUCUGUGAUCUUCAAAGGAAUGAACCGGACAGGGAGUCUGGUUUAUCCCAUGAGUAAGAUCAGAGAGCCUUGUUUGGACAGCUUUGGUACGGAUCCUGUGAAUGACAGCGUUGUGUUGGAUUUAAGCACAACCUCAAGCAUCCAGUCAGCAAGCAGUUCACAUUCCUCCUGGGACUCAGAUGGCGGUAGUGAAGAAGGAAAAAGCAUGAUCUUGAAAGAACGAAACAAUGAUGCAUUUCAAAGUAGAGGAUGUGCAAACAGCUCCUUUUACUGAACCCCAAAAACACACAAAAUGGUCAAACCACUACUGUUAUGAUGCCAGCUGAACAAAAAAAAGCGUUCACGUUUUUUGUAGACAGUAUUGAGCUGUGUAAGUAGUAACGUCAUUCUCUGAAUUUGUAAAGUUUUGAUACCGUGUCACUCUGUUUUGUUAUUCUGUAUGCUAUGCACUUGUAACUGGCAUUUUGUACUAAAAUGCUGCCUGUUCACUUUUGUUAUUAUAGAUAUUAUGUCCUAUUAUUAUUAUUAUUAUUAUUAUUAUUAUUAUAUAAAUGUGUUUUUCUUUGUUUCAAUUGGAAAAGGCUGAUGGUUUCCAGAAGCAUGCCAUUGAUUCCACUUUGUAAAUAGUCAAAAGAUUCUCUUUCCUUCAUUCUGAGUAUUCCAGUAGGACUGGACUUGUGAAAUGUUGUCAUGUACUGUAAAUAUAUAUAUAGAGAGAGAGAAAAGAGAACCUAAUAGAUUUCAUUUGUUGCUAUUUGUAGCAGUAUUUCAGUUUUGUUGAUAUUUAACUUAUUGGGAAUGAGCCCAGUUGGUAUGCAAGUUCUUGCUAUGUAGCUGCAGUGGAAAUCCUUGUAAAAUGCAUCUAAACGGGGGGGGGGAGGGAGAAGUGUAGAGCAUCCUGCCCAAGAAUUGUUCAGUGUAUGAGGGAUAUCUCCAAGAUUAUGGUUUAAUAGAUCCUCUCUCUUAGGGCUCAUGCACACGACAGUAUGUACUCUGCGGUCCGCAAAACACUGAUCCUAAAAAAAAACGUGACGUCCAUGUUGCAUUCUUUUUUUCUUUCUGGCGGAUCCUUUAUAAUGCCUGUCCUUGUCCGCAAAACCAACAAGAAUAGGAUUUGUUUUUUGUUGUUUUCAGAAAGGACAUACGGACAAGGAGUUAUUUCCGUUUUUUUCAAGCACCAUUGAAAUUAAUGGUUCCACAUACGGACCUGUAAAAGUACCGGAACGGAAACAAAAGAAAAAUACGUUUGUGUGCAUGAGCCCUUACACAUCAGCGUUUAAUUAGAAGCUUUGUCAACAUGGGUUUACUUUUCAUGGAAGAGAACCCAUUCUCAGAACAGCUCAUUCUUGUCCAUAGGCCGUAUCUACUGUAGUAAGCCCAUGCACAUGAAUAAAACGGAACGGCAAUACCGGGCAUAGUCCGUGGACAAAAGUGGUUCAGUUUACUGAAAGUUUCAGUAGAUGCACUACCUGUUAUAUAUGUUUGUCAGGCAACGCGUCCCUUGCAACCAGUCUACCUACGAUUUUUAAGGCUGAGUUUACACUUCAGUUAUUUGGUCAGCUAUUUCCAUCAGUUAUUGUGAGCAAAAACACAGAAACGGUGGAGAUCUUUCCAUUAUACCUGAUCUCUGGGUAGGCUUCACUACUGGUUUUGGCUCACAAUAACUGAUGGAAAUAACUGAAGUGUGAACUCAGCCUAAGCUACAUGCAUUUUUCAACCAUCUGUCUUGCGAUAAAGACCUUCAUACCCUCUAGAGGCAAUAAGACCUACGUUGGAGUAGACCAGAUAUAUGUCGGACUGACCCUGAGCAGCAUGCGCUAAAGACAAUGGGGCUUAUUUUUGAAAAUCUAUGCAAAAAAUGUUGCCUAUAGCAACCAGAUUAUGGCUUUUUCACUGGUUUAAAAAGUGAAAGCUUUGAUUACCAUAGGAAACCCCUUUGCUUCUCAGUUUUCAAGAUAAGCCCCAACAUCGUUUUAGCAUGGAGACCUGUAGAUGCAUAUUAUUUCAGAUUGCCAGAUGUUCUCAUCAUUUCUCAUUCACAGAGGCACUGUGCCGCAUGUGGCUGUGUCUUGUUCCAGGUAUAACAUGAGGUUGUCCUAGAAAAUCUUUAGAUUUUGGGCAUAUUAGCAUCAUUCUCUCAUAGCUUGAUAAAUACACAUUUCAUACAGGCUAAUAUCUAAAUAAGGUAUUUCUCCUCAUUCAAGCCCCAUGCAGAAAACCCUAUCAGGUCUGCAAAUCGCAGAUCAGCAUUAUAUGGAUGCGCUCUGUGUUGCGUCCGCAUUUUGUGAACAAGCAUAGGACAUGUUCUACCUUUUUGCGGAACGGACAUAUGGAUGUGGAAAACACAUGGAUCAUCUCUGUCCUUUCCGCAUCUGUAUAUCCAUUCCACAAACAAAAUGGACAUCCACACAAUGGGUCCGCAAAUAAAAUGCGGACAGCACACGAUCUGCAUCUAUAUUUUGAAGAAAGUUGAUACGGUUGUGUGCAUGGGGCUUAAAUAUAAAUCUUCUACUGGCCAAACCCCAAAACACCAUUAUUUGUUAAAACUCGAUUAAGCUUCCUUUUCUGUUGGAAAUAUUGAUGAUGCAAAUCCGGCUAGCAUCUGAUGCACCAAGCAAACUGUAGUAGUUGUCUAAUUGACCUGAUACAGUAUAAAGGCUCAUGCACAGUCAGUUAUGCUUCUAGAGAAGAAUACUGUGCCGUACAGAAGCACCACACAGUGUGCCUACAGCACUGAAAUAUGGAACUAUAGGGAUUCCAUGUCUCCCCUGCAUAACUGAAACGGGACGGAUCCGUUUUGCAGCCCAUAGAAUUCUAUUAUAACGGAAUGCCUCUAAAGGCAUUUCAUUAUGCAUUCCGUCAUAGAAUUGCGUUAUGGUCUGUGGUAACGGAAUCCAUAACGCAAUUCUGCUUUUGCCACCAAACAAAGCGUGACCGAAUUUCAAAAUAUGAAAUUCGCUUAUCUAUAUUUGUAAUAUUGACAGGAGAUGGCCUUAAAAUAAACAGUAUUCUGUAUUUAAAGGUUACAAAUCCAAGUGGUCCACUUUUCUUCAUGGUUCUACCAAAGGCAAUUUCUCUUGUCUUUCAAAAUAUGUUGUUUUUUGCUAGUUAUUUAAAAUCAAGUGUUCCUAAUAGCUACAUUUGUAUACCCUAUGUACAUUUUUUUGUAUUAAUAAAUUUUGCUCACAUUGCACUGACUAGUUCCAUAUAUUUUUUUUUUAAAUAGCAACAUUAUCUACAUAUAAAGGCCUGAUCAUAUCAAUUUGUCAUGUAGUGUGCACCUAGAAAUGUCGGAUUACUGAAAAAUUUGUCAUGCAGGUAAUGUCUCAGGCAGAUAUGUAAAUGAUUACAG